GGGAACGGGCGGGGGCAGAAGACUGCGACAGCGGACGAGAUGUACGGCGAAUUAUGCUUUUGUAUCAGGACUCACCAGGAAAUCUCAAGAUUUGUCCAGCACCUGGAAAGCGUCAUGAACCCCAUUGCAAUGAUGCAGUUGGCUCUUGGUGUGUUCGACGGCUGUAUGUUGAUUUUCCCAGCGGCAUACAGUUCAGAAAGCGGGGCGUUGGUGAAGUGUCUGGUUACCGGUCCUACCGUCGCCAUGCAGCUCCUACUGUACUGCUUAGGCGCACACAGCGUCCGGGAGCAGGGAGAGUCUGUGUCCCUAGCGGCGUACAACAGUGGGUGGCCAGACGCCAGCGCCCGCUUCGGGAGGGCAGUGCAGCUGGUCAUCAACCGCGCGCAGCGGCCGUUGGCGCUCACCGCUGGUGGGGUCUACCCCAUCCAGAGGGCCACCUUCCUGUCGCUGCUGAACGCAGGGUACUCCUACUACGCAGUGCUGCAGAACUUCAACGGUCGUUGACUCGUAGCAAC